AUGUUUUUGCUGUCGUUUCGUUAACAGAGUAAAGCUAAGGAGCUGCCCCUGUCGGCUGUUCGUUUCAUGGAAGAACUGGGUGAAUGUGCUUUCGGCAAGAUCUACAAGGGACACCUCUACCUUCCAGGCAUGGAUCACGCUCAGCUCGUUGCUAUCAAGACACUGAAAGACUUCAACAACCCCCAGCAGUGGGCAGAGUUCCAGCAAGAAGCAUCUCUCAUGGCCGAGCUCCAUCACCCGAACAUCGUUUGCCUCUUGGGCGUUGUGACCCAGGAACAACCUGUCUGCAUGCUUUUCGAGUACAUGAACCAAGGAGACCUCCACGAGUUUCUCAUCAUGCGAUCGCCGCAUUCAGAUGUUGGAUGCAGCAGCGAUGAGGAUGGGACUGUAAAAUCCAGCCUGGACCAUGGGGAUUUCCUGCAUAUUGCGGUCCAGAUUGCAGCAGGGAUGGAGUACUUAGCGAGUCAUUUUUUUGUCCAUAAAGAUCUCGCCGCUCGUAACAUUUUAAUAGGAGAACAACUUCAUGUGAAAAUUUCAGACCUUGGACUCUCGAGAGAAAUCUACUCAGCAGAUUAUUACAGAGUUCAAAACAAAUCUCUCCUGCCAAUUCGCUGGAUGCCACCAGAGGCAAUUAUGUACGGCAAGUUCUCUUCAGAUUCCGAUAUUUGGUCAUUUGGAGUUGUUUUAUGGGAAAUCUUCAGCUUUGGACUUCAACCGUAUUACGGAUUUAGUAAUCAAGAAGUCAUAGAGAUGAUCAGGAAAAGACAACUGCUGCCAUGCUCUGAAGACUGUCCUCCCAGAAUGUAUAGCCUGAUGACAGAGUGCUGGCAUGAUCUGCCAUCCCGGAGGCCACGAUUUAAAGAAAUCCACGCCAGGCUGCGCUCGUGGGAGGGUCUUUCCAGUCACACUAGUUCUACUACCCCCUCCGGUGGGAAUGCCACCACUCAAACGACUUCCCUCAGCGCGAGUCCGGUUAGUAAUCUCAGUAAUCCUAGGUACCCCAACUACAUGUUUCCAGCACAAGGUAUACCACAAGGCCAAAUCGCCGGGUUCAUCGGACCACCAAUACCUCAAAACCAGCGAUACAUCCCCAUCAACGGGUACCCGAUUCCACCAGGAUAUGCUGCUUUCCCAGCUGCCCACUAUCAACCCCAAGGUCCACCCAGGGUAAUCCAGCACUGUCCUCCUCCAAAGAGUCGUUCUCCGAGCAGCGCCAGUGGGUCGACUAGCACAGGUCACGUCACUAGUUUGCCAUCUUCGGGAUCCAACCAGGAAGCGAAUAUUCCUUUGCUAUCUCAUAUGUCAAUUCCUAGUCAUCCGGGGGGAAUCGGUAUCACAGUUUUUGGAAAUAAAACUCAAAAACCGUACAAAAUUGACUCAAAGCAGUCUUCCCUACUAGGAGACUCCAGCAUCCAUGGACCUAAUGAAUCUAUGAUUUCAGCUGAAUUGUAAAUAAGCAAGGCCUUUGUAAAUAUAACUAUUUACAAUACAAACUAGAAAGUGGUAGAAAAGAUUUAUAUUCAAAUAUUUUAUUAAAGAUUCUUCUGGUUGUUUAACAGACAUUGCAGCAAGUAUCUUCUGUGAAGUUUAACUGCUUAACAGGAUGGGCAGACUCAACCAGACAAAGAUCAUUGUGGUAUGAAUACUCACCUUUGGCAACGGACGCGUUCUUUCUUUAAGUGCCACCGACAAUUCAAAAAGGGGAAGGGGGAUUUUUUUUUUUUUUUUAAAUAAAAACAUUUUAUCAUACGCUUUUUUCACAGCUUUUUAAACCUCUGUUGUGGCUUAAAUCGCAGAAACUUUUUUAUACUGAAAACAUAUUUUAAUAUUUGUCUCUUUUUUAGGAGAUGCAAAUAUUCGGAGAUCUGCUGGGUGUGCAAUUUCAGUUCCAAUAGAUAGUUAAAAUAUUUGUAAAUUUUGCAGUCAAGGAUUAUGUUUCAAAUAUGUGAUCUGAAAGCUGAAUAAAUUACUUCAGGUAGGAUUUUGGUCUUUCGUUAAGUUGGGAGUCUGAGUUCAGAUUCAGACAAAAAAAAAGUCAUUUAUCUGACAGCACGAUAGCUUGAGUUAUCAACUUGCAGUCUACAACAAUCACCUGCUAUUGGCUGCUAAAGACGGCUGGAGUUCUAAGAAAUUGCCUUAAAGGAAAUGAAAUUAAAGUGUUUUAAUUUCAGAACCUGAAUCAACUCAUUCAAAGAUAACAUUUCCUAAUCUAGUAGUGAAAGCAGAAAUUUUAUAUCCUUUUGUUGCUAUGCAACUGUUUAAUGGAAAGGCUCCAAACCACGAUUUGAUAUAUGACAAUCAGUUUUCCCGGGAAUAUUUAUUGUUUCAGAUCAAUGUGUGAUUUCAGUGACUCUGACUCCAGUAACCCUGACAAAAGGGGAACUCACAUUCCACCACGCAGCAAAUCCAUUGACAGCAGUUCUGUCUGUCGCUUCUAAUAAUGUGAAUUAGUGUUAACUUUCGACUUAGAAGUACGACAUUUGUGUAAUUACUAAAAAUUCAUUCAGGUAUAAGCAAUCUAGGCUAUUCAUUUGAAACCACUUUACUGAGUUACAAAAGUGCUGUGUACGUGACGGUUUUUCACAGGCUCGUUUUUGUACUGAAGAGUAUUUUUAUUGUACACGGAACGAAAACAAUCUUUUUGCUCGGUUGACAAUGUUGUAUAAUAUGACUUUAUUUUUAUCUUUUUGCACAGAAGUGUGAUAAUGUUUUGUACAGCAGAAGUGAAAAUACAUCUCUGCAUUUUA